AUGAAUGAUCAAUUUACAUUCGAUUUUAAUAACUUACUUAAAGCUUGUCAACCUAAGCCAAUAAGGAUUUGGUUACAAAUUUUAAUAUCUUUAGCAAUUUUUUCAGUUGCAGAAAUUACAUUUUUUUCAAAUUUUAGAAAUAUGGUGGUUGUAGAAUGUUCAUUAGCAAAUAGCAACACAACAUCAAUGUCAUUAGAUAAUUGUUUUGCCAAUAAUCACGAAAUCACCACAUGUAUCAAUAGUCAAUAUAACACUGGUUCAAAUUACUCAUUAGACUUUUCAAUUUCAUUACUUGGUUUAAAGGGUGAUAAGUACAGUCCACUCAUUUUAGGGUUUGUAAUUGUAGUAUAUUUAAUGUUUAUGUUAGUUUUCCAAGUUUGCCACUAUUUCUCAUUUAAUAAGCGUAAGAGAAUUCAAGACAUUCUUUCAGAGGCUAGAAUUUUCAUUGAUGGAAAGAAAAAAUAUGAAGGAAAACUAACCAUCUAUUUCCUUUGUGUUGGCGCCGUUUAUGUCGCCAUAAAAGUUAUAUGGAUCUCCUACAGAGACAAUCAAUAUAGCAACAUAGAGUGCAAUUCACAAACCUUUAAAGUCCAAUUUGCAACCACCGUCUCCUCCUCAGUAGGCACCCUAAUUCAAAGUUCAAUGGGUUUAAUUAUUAUGCCCCUAAUUUACAUAGGCUCAUGGAUCAACUAUUUAUCGGAUAUAGACUUAAAAAAUAUUUUAACCCAUCUCUCAAACGACUCCACCAAGCAAUUUAAAUCCAUUAGAAUAUUUAGCGUAAUCAAGUACAACAGUUUAAUUGAUAAAGCAAUUGAUGAAAAGUACGCAAAAGAACCAUUCUACAGUAGAUUUUUUAGGAAAAACACUUUUACCUUUAAAAAGACCUCCACAACUGAAAUCUCUCAAAUAUUACUUGACUAUCAAAAAACUAAUCCACAUGAAUUUGAACCAGUACAAUACAAUGAACCAAAAAUUUCAAUUAAAAGUGAAGAAAAUCAAAAACUUAUUAACUAAAUAACACCUAGUUUAUAAAUUACAAAUAU